AUGGAGCCAUGGCUAUACGCUGUAAUCUGCACUCCCGUUUGCAUCACAGCCAUUAUUUGCAACAUCCUCUUCUUUUUUUGCCUCAUGCGACCAGUUACUGGAGUGACACUUCGUUACCCACUGCGGCUCUUGUUUAUUGUUUUGUUAUGCAAUUCAACAUUUCAACAACUUGUCAUUGCGGUGACCAUUGUUAUUGCUUAUGUUCCGCCACCUUUUUGGCUUCAAACCAUAACUAGAGCUUUGAUUUAUGCAACCUUUUGUGGCAACUUUUCAUGCAACGCUUGGAUCAGCAUUUUCUACUACAUGUCAAUUGUUCCACAGCAUCUCCCCAUCUUAGUCUGUAUUAAGAAGAAUAUCAGAGUUGUACUGUAUGCCGGCUUCACUCUGAAUCAGGUAAUACUCCUAUUUUCUGUGUCUAUGGGAGCAAUCACAUUUUUGUUGACUGAGACUCCCAUGAUCAAUUCAACCAUAAAUAAACUAAACACAACAACAGCAGCAACAGUCAAGGAAAAAGAACAUUUUUUAUUUCUGGUGUCCAAUGCUUUGUAUUUGUUAUAUUGCACCUGUCCAAUGGUCACAUUAUCAAUCUCUUGGGGCAAAACCUUUGUUUAUCUACGUGGACAUAUGAAAGCAAUGGGACAGAGCUGUGAAUCAUUCUCCCAACCCCAACGGAAGAGCCAAAUUAGGGUCACUGUAACAGGCAUGGUACAGGCUGCCCUGUUCCUGCCCAGCACCAUAUGGACUGUAGCAGUUGCUCUGCUCUACAUCUCAAACCUUUUUGAAACUGUUGAUCCCAGCAGAUACAUCACAAUGGCAUUCUCCUCUGUGUCUGGCUUGGGAAAUGUACUGUGUUUUGGAUUCUCUCAGUCUGUGUUUCGGAAAGGAAUUGCCAGUCUGUUUAAAAAAAGUAAAGCAGACUCUUGA